AUGCUCUUCUACUUCUUUGGUAGUAGUAACAUUAUAAUUUAUAAUCAGUUAUGGCAGCAAGGUUCUGAUAGAAAUACUGUAUUUAGGGAAGGAAUAGGGUUUACCAUGGGAUCUGGUAUUAGUAGUCUUUCGGCUGUAAUAGCAGAAGACAAUACAUCCCGAAUUUCUAGCAGAAAUGAAGGGGUAUACGGAUGUGAAAUUUGUAUGGCCGUCUUUUCUACUUUCAAACGUAAGCAUCAAUGCUGUCAGUGUACGAAGUACUUUUGCUGCAGCUGUUCGCUGAAGCAUCGGAAUCCUACAUAUCGAGGACACCGAUGCUGCUUGCGUUGUCAUGCUAUUAGUGGAGAUCAAAUUGAUCAGUCACGGGUUAUGUUACUAAAAGCAAAGGAUCUCAGAAAAUUUUUAGUUACGAACAACAUCCCAACAAGGACAUCACAAUCAAAAUUGGAGAUGGUAGAAUUAGUUAUCAGCCAUUUACAAGAUAUAUCAAAUUCAGAACUCGGCAUUAUACGAACCCCCUUAUUUGAAGAUGAAUUAGAAGGGUCUAGUAGUAAUAAUAAUAGAGAUAUUUUAGGUAAUUUGAACGAAGAUGUAAACAAACCAUUGCCAACUGAAGAAAUAAAAAACAAGGACAUUAAGCGGCGUAUUUCUCUGAGUGAUAUUAGGAGCGAAAAUGAUAUUCGAUUAUUAUCUGUAAGGCAACUUAAACAAAUAUUAGUAACCAACUUUGUUGAUUAUAAAGGAUGCGUCGAAAAGUGGGAAUUAAUUGAAAGGGUGCAUCGGCUAUACGUCUCGAAAGUCGAUACUGAAACCAAACGAAAUAUACCUGAAAAUAAGUUUAGCCAAGAUAUAGGAGAUAGAAAGUCCUCUAAUAACUAUGACAGUGAUCUAUGCAAAAUAUGCAUGGAUGCUCCUAUAACCUGUGUACUUUUGGAAUGUGGUCAUAUGGUUACCUGCACAAAGUGCGGGAAACGACUUGCGGAAUGCCCGAUAUGUCGUCAAUACGUUGUUCGAGCUGUACAUAUCUUUAAAGCAUAA